AAUGUUUGGUCUGUUGUGUGAUUAGAUACUCUUACACCCGCUUCCCAACCAUACAACUUAUAUAUACAGUAAUGGGCAAGGUUCACAUCUGGUGUAUGGCUAUACAGAACUUUAAGCCUAUCAGAUUGAUUGUGACCCAACACUCAAUAGCUGUACCUUCAGGUGCAUAUCAAAGAGUGUUAUGAAGGGAGGAGAGCAAACACACAUGACUAUCAUGCAGGUUAUUAUAGCAUCGGUAGAUGCUCUAUAUAGGGAUGGCACGUGUCAAAUCUCACGUGAUCCGCGUACAAAACACCUCAGGAGCUGCCACUAACUGUUGACCCUCCAUUACAGGAGGGCCUCACCCCUCUAAUAUAUGCCGCCAUGAUGGGGAGUUCCAUGACAAAAAUUCUACUGGAAGGAAAGCACGUCGACCUUGACAUUCAGGAGAAUGCCGGAGGAUGGUCAGCUCUCCACUUCUCUGCUGAGAACGGAGACUCUGCUACCACGUACGCUCUCAUGAAAGCAGGAGCUAAUGUCCACCUCAAGGACAAGAAUGGGUGGACGGCUAUUGAGAUGGCUGAAGUCAAGUCCGCAGACCAAGAAACUGCCCUUAGGUCUGCAUUUUCCCUAGACUACAGACACCGCUACAAUGGACCCAGAGACUAUGGGAAAGUGAUUGAGCUGCUGAGAGGAAACCUUGUGGAGUCAGUUACUCCACCUUCUCAGCACUGAUUGCUCUAUUAAUUCAGGACUUGGAUAGUGCAUCUACUACCAGAAAGGAAAGGUCAGAGGUGAGAGAUAAAGAGUGGGAGCUCAAACAAACGACAUGGGGGACAAGGGAGAUCAUAGAGAAGAGGAAGCCAAGACCUUCAGAAAACCAAACGGAUACCAACAAUAAUUAGAUCCACUGUUUGUUACUUUCUUUGUUUAAUACAGCUAAAGCUACAAAGCUAGUGCUUCCACACACAAUACACACUGCAUGUAUCACA